AACCCUAAUUGGGCUUCAUGAGUAGCCCACUCACAGCCUUACAGUCAAACCCUAGAUAUAUAAAACCACCAUCACAACGGCUGCCAUUGUAGCACACCAGAGAAGAAGAAGAAGCUGCUUCCGUGCUCUCACCAUGCCGUCUCACAAGACUUUUAUGAUCAAGAAGAAGCUCGCGAAGAAGAUGAGGCAGAACAGGCCUAUUCCUCACUGGAUUCGCAUGAGGACCGACAACACAAUUAGGUACAACGCAAAGCGCAGGCACUGGCGCAGAACCAAGCUUGGAUUCUGAGGUAGUUUUGAAGAUUCUAUCGAGAGUCGAUGUUUUGUUUUCGUUUAUGUUGGAUUUAAUGUUAUGAAUUUGAUGAUACAUUUGUUUGAUCAGAUCAUGGUUUUGUUUGUCAUGUACCUUAAAUGAUGCUAAACUACUUGAUAUCAUUUAUUCAACCAGAUGGUCAUGGCUGCUUUUUUAGUA